UGUAAUCUGUUGCUACCCAGCACUCUGUUUUACAUAACACUUACUGCUUGCAUGGAAAAAAUUGGUCUUAACAUAUGAAUAUACAUUUGUAUACACAUACAAAUGUUUAGAUGUCUUAACAUUUUAGGAUCUUGCUAGGAGAUCAUAUUUGGGGGUCACUGGCAUAAAAAGUUUGUAAACCACUGGUCUAGAGAACAACCAGAAUCAAAAUUUUAAGCAGAUUUUAUUACAGCCAUAAUCACAUUUUACUACCAUAGUCCAGGACACAGUGACGAUAAUUAUGCAUAUACAGUUAUUACUUUACUAUUGUACAAUGAUCAUGUGUUCAUAUUUUAUGGAACCAUACAUUUAACUUUAAAAAGCACUAAAUGAUAAAGUUAAAUAAAUAUCCUUGUUACAUACCAUAUUUCUAAUUUCUAAAAUAAUCUGUCCUAUCUAUUAAAAAUACACCCUGCAUGAGGUCGAUAUGUAACCAUUUUUUAAACUGUACUUCUGAGAUAUGGCAAAACUUCCAAAUGAAUAGACCAAUCUGCACAGAACUUAAAAUGGCUUCAGCAACAGAACCCCCUAUCACUGCAAAAAUUAUUUUCUUACUACGAGUAUUUUUUGUCUUUCCAGUAAAAAUAUCCAGUAAAAUAUCAUUAUUUUAAAAAUCUAUAUAUGCCAAUUGGGUAAGAAAAUAACUUGACUCAAAGGGGGAAAUAUUCAUUUUCUUACCCCAUUGGCAAAUUGUUUCUUGUUUUAAGCAAUGAAAUGUAAGAUUUCAAUGAAGACGUGACAAAAUAUCUUCUGCCAUUCUGCUUCUCAAGUCAUUUCUUCUUGUUUUAAGGAUGUUUUGAUAUUUUCACCAGAAAAUAAGACAAAACACAGUAGAAGUCCUUAAGAAAAUAUAUAUAUAUAUAUAUAUAUUUAUUUUUUAUUUUUUUUAUUUUUUUUUUUAUUUUUAUUUUUUUGCUGUGAAAGAGCAAACAGCUCAUCAUUUAAAAAGGCUUCUGUCAGGGAAAUCUGAUGAUAUACCUUAAUGUGUCUGGACAUUUUGUGGUGCCUCUUCAUGCUCAGUUGCACAAUGUUUUCAGACAAAUCAUAUGAAAAAGGCAGCACAUAUCUGGUGUAAUAAUAGCAAAUAAAAAAAAAAAAAAACAAGGAAUUUUAAGAUUGUGUUUUCCAAUGCCUAGAAUAGCCAGGAAAUUUCUAUAGUGAAUGUACAGUACAUUGCUCUAGUUAUGCUACACAAAAUCAUAACCAAACUAGUCUAAGUCUUAAUGGUUAAAAAAAUCCUUAGCCAGUACUAACAAAUAAAAGGCCAUGGAAAUUCAUCAGUCAAAAAGUGUGGGUACCCUGAAAUACGGUAUAGCGAAUAUUACCCAAAAUAUUCAACACAAAAUAAGCUUCACAUGUUCUGUACUGUUUUUAUAUUUCUCUCAAACAAUGGCAGCUAUGUAUUCAAUAGACAAAUCUGCAUUUCUUUAAAUACUCUUAUGGAUCUGCCACUUCUAAUAAAACAGAUUUGCUUGUGUUUAUAUUCUACUUUAUAUAAAGUUUAUUAUAUAUAAAGUAUAUUAUUUUAUUAUAUUUGCACUAUGUUGUGUUUUAUAUUUGUUCUGUGACGUUGCAUAAUAAGACACUAGAACAAAAUGACUGAGUUUUGAAAGUGUUUGUAAUGUUCAUUUUCACAGAUUGGUUAGACUCUACACUUUGCCCUUAACACAGGUUGAAGCCAAAGUUCUCCAAGAGAGAAAGAGAGACUUAGAGUGACCGAGUAAGGGAGGAGGGAAUGAAGGAAAAAACAAGCUGGGAAAAAAAAAUCACAUUUCAAAGCAAAAGAGCAACAGGUGUCUAGACAUAAUACAGGAGCACAAAUAGAGGAACACUAGAAAAUAUCAAAGAGAAAAAAAUGAAAUCUUCACCUAAAUAAGCUCCUUAUCUAGAGGAGAGACCACUGAGCUCCAAUCCUGAAAAAACAGGUACAUUUGGAAUGAGCAAAUGUAAUUUGCAAUAUUGUUUUGGCUUCUAUGUGUGUGCACAUUACUACUGUUUGCACAACCGAAGUGUGUGUUUGUGUUCGAUUGCUUCCAGUGACACAGACAAUGCUUGUGUUUCCUUUCCCUUGUGUGUCUGCGUACACGAAGGUGCCUUCUUCCAAGAUCUUUGACCAAGUCAGGAACAACGGCUGCUGAGACACCAGAAAACGUGAGAUGGAUGGAGGAGAUGGCAGGAGAGCCGGAGGAGAACGAAGUGGCCAACUGUCUGCCUUGCAAGAGCAGCUGGUCUGGUCUCUACUGGGCUCAGGGUUAUCAAAGGAGUUGCUGAUCCAGGCCAUGGGAGAUCUGGAGAGAGAGCGGGCAUCAACUGGUGUGGAGAGGGCAGACCGGGCAGAUGGAGAGAGCUCGGAGGACGGAGAGAUGGACAAUCCACCUCCCAUUUUCCGUGAGCUGGAGAUGCUUCCACCGGAGGAGGCCGCGAGACAAAGAGCUCAAGUUGAACAUCUGUUGCAAGAAGAUUCUUGGCAUGUAGCUAAAAUGGUGAAGAGCUACAUGCAGCAGCACAAUCUACCACAGAGAGAGGUGGUAGAGUCCACCGGUCUCAACCAAUCACAUCUCUCCCAACACCUCAACAAGGGCACGCCCAUGAAGAAUCAAAAACGUGCCACAUUGUAUAGCUGGUAUGUCAAGAAACAGGCAGAGAUUAGCCAGCCAGAAUUCACCAACGCCAGUCGAGGUGUUGUGUCAGGAGAGGAAUCUGGGGAGGAUGGCCGAAAGGGACGGAGGAAUCGAUUCAAAUGGGGCCCUGCCUCCCAACAAAUCCUCUUCCAGGCUUAUGAACGACAGAAGAACCCUAGUAAAGAUGAGAGGGAGGGAUUGGUGGAGGAGUGUAACAGAGCGGAGUGUCUACAAAGGGGAGUGUCUCCUUCUCAGCUAGCUGGUCUGGGCUCUAAUCUGGUGACAGAGGUACGUGUAUAUAACUGGUUUGCCAAUCGGCGCAAGGAGGAGGCAUUUCGCCACAAACUGGCACUGGACGUGCCUUACAGCAGCCAAUCAGCACCCCCCACAGGCCAGACUCUACCAUCCAGUCCUUCACCAGGUCUGAAGUACAGUCAGUCAGUUGUGUGUGAGAAUUUGGGCACAAUAAGAAGCUCAAGUGGUGAAGAUAGGGGUGGCGGCGGUCAUCUGGGAGCCAGUCCAGGCCAGCUAGAACCCAGCCAUACACUCUUGGACACACAUCACCACAGACCAACAUCAGGAGGUGGUUCCUUACCUCCUGUUAGUACUCUCACUUCUUUGCAUGGAGUAUCAGGAUCCUCGGCUCCCCCUCCAGGACUGAUUAUGGCCUCGCUACCGAGUGUAAUGAGUCUGGGGGAUUCCUCACUUCUCAUAGGCUUGACAUCCUCUCAACAACAGACUGUGAUCAACAAUGUAGGGGGUGGGUUUACCACCCUCCAACCAAUCUCAUUCCAGCAGCACCUUCAUACUCAGCAGCCAAUGACAAACCAGCUUCAGAGUCACAUUGGCUCUAGCUCGUUCAUGGCAACAAUGGCCCAGUUUCCAUGCCACACGUACAGCAAGGCAGACCUGACCUGUUACCCCUCUAGUCUCCUAUCCCAGGCUAUGGUCAUCGCAGACAGCAACAGCAUUGGGACACUGACCAACCUAACAGCUGUUCGACAGAUUCUCACCUCAGAUCCUGAGGGUCACACAGACACUCCCAUUGAUGAUGAGUCUUUACACCUACAAUCAACUUCACCAGAGCCAGUGUCUUCAGGCAGCUUGGAGCUCUACACUCAGACGAGCGAGACCCAUCCUUCUCACCUGCUCUCUUCUUCACCAGGGGACAUAGACCCUUACAUCCCUACACAGAUGGUCUCCACUGCACAAUAGCUCCUGAUGAGAAUCCCACCUCCAAACAUGGCAGAGAACUGCUGAGAUUUCUUCAGCAGAAAGGAACGCUGCUGAUCCAUUUGAGAAAAUGAGAAAUAAUGUUUUAGAUGCAUUGGAGAAAAAAAAAAAGAAAUAAAAAAAAAAAGAAAAAAAACUGAUGACAUAUCGAAUAAAAUACAAAACUGCCAUGUCGCUAGUUGCUGCCUACCUACUCAAAGAUUUUAGAGGUUUGUGAAAACAGUUGUGAAUUACACUCCUGACAAGGACAAUUUAGUCUUGUUUAAUCCAGAAUAAUAUACUAGAUUCAUGUGUGAACAAGUAUAAGAUUUAGCAUUCAAAAUUUCACUGUAAUAAAUGUAGAGAACUGGGCAUAUAAA